ACACGAGAUCGAAAAUUUAAUUAGAUUUAAAAUAUUUAUCUACUCUGCACAUUUACAAAAAUUUCAUAAGAAUAUCGCAAUAACUUUCUUGGUAAAGACUAGAUUCAUUUUUUUUCAUUAUUUAGUAUUUGGUGAUAUGGAAGGCAAAGAAAAAAAAAUUACGUCACGAACUAAAAAUGAAUAGAAAUAGGAGAAAGAAAAAGAAAACGUGACUUAUGUUUUUUUGUUUAUCAAAAAUACUUCAGAUAUUUUAUUAUUUUGCAUGAGACAGAAAUAAAUCAAAACAUGAAACUUGAAGAUUUAGUUAAUGAAAUCUUACUUGAUUUAUAUGAAUUAUUGGAUGAAAAAAGGGUGUUCCAGAACUUCUGAAACGAUUUUAAAAUUUAUCGUUCACGCAUUCAACAAAUGCAAACGCUUUGAAACUUUGACAUAUUAUUGCAUAUAUGUAGUGCCACAUAACUACAAAGUUUGAGAUCUAUAGGUUCUACUGUAGAGGAGAACCUGUAACAACAUUAUGAUGUACUAUUUUUAAAAUUUUCCUGUAUCCCAAGUCUACCAAAAUAUCUAUAUUUCGGCUGAGGUAGAUGAUAAAAUCUUGAAUUUUUUUUUAAAAGCUGCGCCGUGAAAAGCUCUACAAAAAUUGUAAUAACAAAUCCCUAUUGACUUGUGUUAAUGGUUUCUGCCAUACACAAAAUGAUAAACCUACAUGAUGGUACUACUUCUCACCAUAUUGGGCUUAAUAAAAAAUGUUUGGAAGAACAUGUUGUUUUUCAUGUAUCUCAGCUUGAGAAAAUGAUAAAAUCUUGAUUUCUUUUUCAAAAGAUGCACCGUCGAAAGCUCUACAAAAGCUGUGUAAACAAAUUCCUAUUGGAAAGCAAAAAGGUCUUCCAAACCUUUUUUUAUUACGCAUAAUAUGGUGAGAAGUAGUACUAGCAUGCAGGUUUUUCAUUUUGAGUAUGGCAGAAACCAUUAACAGAAAGUCAAUAGGGAUUUGUUAUUGCACUUUUUGUAGAGCUUUUCACGGCGCAUCUUUUAAAGAAAAAGUCAAGAUUUUAUCGUUUACCUAAGCCAAGAUAUAGACGAAAUAAAAAAAUAUUGCACACCUCGAAGAUGACCAGGAAAAUUUAUAAAAUAGUACAUGUCAGUAUUGUUACAGUUUCUCAUCCAUAGUAGAACCUAUAGACCUCAAACUUUAUAGUUAUGUAAUACUAUAUAUGUACAACAGUCUACCAAAGUUUGAACAAAUUUGCUUUUGUAGAAUGCGAGAACGAUAAAUUUUAAAAUCGUUUCAGAAUUUCCGGAAUACCCCUUAUAUGCUGGUUUGAAAUUUUUAGAUUUUUGUUCAAAAUUAAUAACUGGAGUCUAUUUACCAUAUUAUGAAUAUGAACAGACAUUUGAUUUACAAUGUGCAUUAAGUAUUAUAAUAUCUAUGAAUAAUAUUGAUAUUAAAGAAAAAAUUUAUUCAAUUGAAAUAUUAACAGAUAUUCAUAAAAGACAAUUAAAAAUUUUACAAGUCUGGAAAGAUACUCUACGAGAUAAUCAACAUUAUUCAAAUUUAUUAAAUUUAAUAAACAACUUUGAUGAAAAAUCAGCUUUUGAGAUUUUCAAAGAUCAAAUAAAACAGGGUGUGGGUGUGGGUUGA